UAUUUUAUAAAAAUGUUGUCCAAAACAUUUUACAAAUCCACCCAAUUGUGGAGGUUCGGAGUCAGAUGAAUGAACACCAAACCUGAUGAUUUCACUGCUCGUCGCUCUCCUCGAGAGUUUGCUAAGGAAAGCAUGGAAAGAAGCUACUUUGAUUCCUUAAGAGAACACAGACAAGGCCUCAAGAGUUAUUCUGUAGAGGAACUUGAACAUUUGAAGGAGAAAGAAGUAGUUGAUGUCCAGUAUCAUACAGAAAAGCCAAAGAAAUUCCUCUCUCAAGAACAAAAGAAUAUGAUACAUAAGGAAGUAGACCUCAAGAUGCAGGAAUUAGAAGACACUGGCUUGACCAGGUUUGAAAUUCUUUAUAAUGAUGAAAGAGGGAUUCCUCUGGCUGAUGAUCCAGUGUUCCAAUAUCUUAAAAUCAACAUUAUUGCACGGGAAAUGUUGAUCAAAGAUGACGAGCCAUUUACUGUGGAGAAUAUUAUUGAUAAAGCUCUGAGACAGGACCUUGAGCCAGAUCCAUCCAUUAGCAAGAAAGGAUAUUUCAGGCACUCUAAACGUGAUGAUUUUGAUGAGAAGAGGCACUACAAACAAAUGCUCGGAAACAAGCAUCACCUCAUGAAUGAAGAGAGUUACAUUUAUGGAUAUGAUACUUAUGAAAAAGCUCUGAACCUUGGUCCAGGAAAGCAUGUAGAACAUGAGCCUGUUAAAGACUGGAGACUCAAAAGAAAGCUUGACCAAUUGGAAUGGGAAUCUGAAAAACCUCCUGCCUUUAUGAACAAGCCUCUUAGAAGAGAAGAUGCGAGGAAAAAGUUUAUGAGAAAGGCAAAUAGCAAAGAUUUCAAUUGGAAAGACACUGCUGUUAUCACCCAAUUUUUAACUGAUGCAGGAAAGAUUAAAAAUAGGUAUCAGACUCGUCUGAGCGAUCAAGUUCAAAACGCUCUUGCUAGAACAGUGAAAACUUCCAGACAUAUGGGUCUGAUCCCAUAUGUUGGAAUGAUAAAGCCUACUAACAAAAUCUCUUUGAGGUCAUUCCAAGAGGACCUUGAAGACUUUAACAAAAAGUCUAUUGACCCUAUCACAGGUAAAUUAUUCUACUCGAGCGCUCAAUCUGAUUUGAGUCAGAGGUAUGCCAAGCCAAAGGGAUUAGGAAGAGAGACUGCUAAAUAUAAGAACAAGGACUUGAAGAUUGACAACAUGCCUAUCGUCCUAAAUGAAAACCAGAUGCAGUGGCUCGAAGCACAGGGAUAUUCAGUUAAGAAAAAGGAAAAAGAAGGCAGAAAGAUCCAAGUUGGCGUUGCUAAGGACACUACCCAGUCUGAAAAGGAUGAGCCUGAUUACGUCGGUGGCGAAGUCGUGUAUGAUGGCAUCAGAGAAACACUUGAUAAGAGUCUUACCCUCGAUGACCUCCCAGACUUCUUCAUUAAUGAAAAAGCUCAUUUGAAUGUUGCUAAAAACAAGAGGUAAAAUAAAUGAAAUAA